GGGAAAAAAACCCAUGGAUCUUUUUCUCUUUUUUCCUACUUGUGUUGUAGGAGAGGCUGGUUUCCUUUCUCCUACACACGUGUGUUGGACAGUGAUGGGAGCGAUAGAUUACAUAUGAGCCAGGGGAAAAGCAGUAGUACAGGCAACCUGUUGGACAAAGAUGAUAUCCCCCCUCCUGACUACAGCACGUCCUCCCGAACUUUCCAGGCACCGAAUGUCAGCACUUUCAAACAGAGGCCGUACAGCGUGGCGGUGCCACCAUUCCCCCAGGGACUGGAUGACUAUGGGGCAAGACCCUCAAGCAGGAAUCCUUUUGCCAACAUCCAGCUCAAACCAACGGUGACAAAUGAUCGUUCAGCUCCUGUCAUCAGCUGAUCCAGAAAUGUUGGGUUACGGCGGGUACCUUGCACCUUUUGAUUUCCCUUUCACCUAUGUUGUAUUUCUGUGAGGUCCUUUGUACAGUUUACAUGUCUUUCCCUCCAACUCUGUUUUGGUAGUUAAAUGGCAUUUAAAUGGCGUGCUGGUGUGCUUUUCCUUUUGCUCAUUAGAAAUACCAGAGAAACUUGACCCUUGGAGAACGAUGAGUUUUAAAAAGGAUGCUAUACGCUGCUAUAUUGGGUGGAGACCCAGAUAGACCAGAAAGCAGGCCCUGCCUUCUUUGCCUUUGCAGCGAUAUGCAACGUUCAUAAAUGUUUUUUAAGAAUAGCCACGGAGAUAGAUGAACCUUGCAGUUUUGCAAUGUCCUAGGCUUGUCAGUUAACGUUUCUCCUGGAAAUCCUUUUUCAUCUCUUAUCAAAACCUAUGGAUUUGAACAGGACUUCCGAGCUGUCAAGAGAAGCUUUGGGGCUGCCUAAGGCCGUCAGAUGAAAUGCACCACACAGACCCUGCUCACUUAACACUUGGAACGGACACGGACUUGAAUCUUCCGAAGGGCUUCCUGGCAGCUCCCUCCUUGCCUUGCGUUGGACUUUUGCUGGAUAAAAGUAAAAGUUUUACUGAAUCAAUAUCUAGAAGAGCUGGGCUCCUCAAAGCAAUUGUCUCAAUUUGACACUUUAAUUUUUUUAUUAAUGGUCUUUUCUCUCCUAAUGGUCCUACAUCUAUGCUUGUCUGUGAUGAUCCUUAUGCCGCAAGGCCUACUGAUGGCUAAGUUAUUGUGCAUACCUUUUCCAGCAAGAUAGGAUGGUUGGGGAAUGUUAUGCAGCAAAGGAAUAUUUUCUGUGUGCAACUAGCACCAUCUGUUGCUUGAGUACUUGUUUUAUUUCUCUGUAGCUUUAAAUAGACCAAGGAGGGACCAUUAAAAAGCUAGUUUAGUCCUACAAUGCCCAAAGUCCCUUUGCUGUGUCUUCUUACUGACACAUCUUGACUGGUGCAGGUGUGUCUUCUGUUGCCAAAACAAGUUAGUUUAGACAGCUUGACCUCUGCCUUGCUAUUGGGUCCAUGCUGUUUGAAAGGUCCUUUGUUCUGUGACUAAGCCAAUACUGUAUUCCUGGUUUGUUUGUUUUUUAUUUUUCUUUUUAAGUUGCACUUGCCUUCUAAAGUAGAUGUUAAUUCAGUCACAAAUAAGCUUCUUUUUUUCCGUUCUGUCCUAUUGGCUCUCAAAGUCUGGUAAGAUGUGACGAAGACCAUUCAGCUCGCUCCUUCUAUUUAUGUAACCCAAGAUUAGGGAGUAGUUCUAGGAAACAAUAGUUAUCAAAAUGGAACUGGACUUACCCAGCAUUUGGAGUGCUCUUACGGUUUGAAUUCCAGUUAUAGCGCCAGAGUCUGGUGAUAAUGAGCAAUGCAAACCCAAUUCCUAAAAUACAUUUGACUUCAAAUAUGGAGUGAUAGAGUCAAAUUAGCUGUCUAUUUUUAAGAGCUGUUUCUGUUUCUAUGCCAUUUACCCAUUCUUUCUUUUAAAUUCUUAUUGAACAAACCCUAAUGAAUUAUACUGGAUGCAAACUUCUGCCUUAUUCUACAUAAUAGUAGCCCACAGCUGACUGUACAAAAUCUAUAUCGAGCUGCUGCUUUUUCUUCCAAGAAAGAAAUGAUGAUAAUAGCGGUAUUUCUUUCCUCUAAAAGUGGCAAAGCUUUUGGUGUGAACUUUGGCCAAAUAUUAAACAGCCUCCCUCAUCUGAUCCUUUGCACAACCUGAAGUCAUUUGCAGCUGCUUUUUCCCCCCCCAGUGGCUUUAAAAAGCAGUCACAGCUGCCUCAAAUAUAAAUUUAUCAACCUUAUCAUUAUAAUCAUUCAAGUUCAAAUGUGAUCAUAGUUUCUGUGCUUCUGUUCUCAAUUCCUGAAAAAACAUCGACUGGUUUCUGUGAUACACUUAGCCCAGAAUUGUAUUGUCUGGCUUAAUGUGUUGAGUGAACCCAAUCAUUGUGGUUUAUUCAGUAAAUCAAAGUUAAACCAUGGCUUAGCAUGCUAUGUAGAUCCUGUUUAGGUCUCCCAUGCAAACUUGGAGACUUUCUGUUAGUGAGCAUUUCCAUCACAACUUGUACAUUUCCCUAUGGCUUAUGAUACACAAAUAUAAAUAUCUCAAAAUCUAUAUUUUUAUACAAAGAAACAGCUGCAGAAAAUUUCUAACUCUGAUAGUUCAGAUAAGGCCGCAAUCCUAAGGAAAAUUAUUUAAAAGAUGAAGCUCACUGGCCUUGUUUUUGAUCACAUGUGCUACAGUUGCCUUAAUAUUGCAUCUUCUAUUACAGUUUUUUUCCUUGAAAAUCAUUUUUCCAAUUGUUGAAUCAUUUACUUUAUAGUCUCUGUUCACAUUGUACUGCUUUAAAAAAUUGCUUUGUGUGUGUGUGUGUGUGUUGUGUAUGCAUUUUUAAAAAGUCAAACUUUGCCAAAUUAUUAUUUUUUCUUUAAGGAGGAAGAUUGAUUUAUAGCUCCUUUCAUUGCUCCACUCUCAGACCAGUUCCUUUCUUAACAUAAUAUUUGCAGGAGUGCACCUUUUGCUCUGGAAUUAUUUAGAUCUAUGUUUCUCAAGCCUAGCAAGUUGAAAUCCAUACAUCUUAAAAGUUACUAAGGCUGAGAAAUUUUGAUUUAGAUUAGGGCUGUCAAACUUGCAUCGUUAUGGCAACAUCACAUGAAGUAUCAGGAUUUUUUCCCCUUUGCUAAACUAAGCGUGGCCAGCACAUGAUGCAUCUGGCCCGCGGGCUGUGAGUUUGACAGCCCUGAUUUAGAUGAUUCAAGGCAAAUAGGAACUCUAGCUUGGCAAAUUGAUCUUAGGGGUGGCAGGACUGUCGGCUCCUAGACUCCUAGGCAGGAUCAAGACUUGCAAUAGCAAAUGAGGGAGAGGGUCCACCUGCAAAUGUUUUUUGAGGGAAGGUUGACCAUAGUCACUUUUUAAAUUAACUGGAUUUUCAUACCGUUCUUCCCACCCUAAUUGGUACAUCUUCCUAUUUGAACUAUUGAAAUAAUUUCUCCUCAACAGGUCCAGGAGCAUGAAAUAAUUACUGUACUGUAUGUAAAAGUUGGCACAGCAAUAAAAUGGCUGAGGAUGCAUCUGAGCAAUUCAACCGAAUUAUGUGGCUGAGAGUUUUGUAAAAUGUAAUCCCAGUGCUUGAGGGAAGCAGCAGGUUGGGAAAGCUGCUUUAGAGAGUGUUACUUGAUCAGUUUAUGCUCUUCAAGAGUCUCUUUUGUUAGGACUUGGAGAUUAAAAGGUUUCUCCUGGACAGUGGUGGUCUUCUGGUGUUUCUGUGCUGCCUAUACUUCAUUUCUUGGUUAACUAACUUUCCCAGAUAAACAAUGUUAUAAGAUUGCCUUCUCGCCUUCAUGUUGAUCUUGUGAAAUUAAGGUUUGAAACAAUCCAUGCCUAACUCCUAAUUUCUAAUGCAGUACCUUCCAGCUAAAAUCGGAAUUGGAAUUGGGUUGCUUAUCAAUUCAAAUAAAGAAAUUUUAAAAAAAA